UUAACCUGUCGGCGAUAAGAGAUACACGUCGUGAAACGGCUGUCAAAAGCAGAUAAAGACGGACUCUAACGGUUAAAACUUGACGAUGUAGACCAAAGCGAGGUCCCAAAUUCGCCCAGCCAUGCUGACGUGACUGGUGGACGUGUGGCGUAUUAUUACUCAGUAACAACCACACUCCCUGGAAUAUAUAUUUUAUUGUUAUUGUUAUUGUCGUUUAAACCGGACGACAAUGCGAUUUUUAAUCAGCAUGUCGACGUGUACACACGGAGCGCGUUUACACAAGCCUCCGCAGCGCAGGACGAUAUGGCUCGCUGUCUCUCCUGACCCCCAGAGGAAGCGUCCCCCGGCCGGGUCGAGGACCUCGGCCUCCUCACCAACCGGCUUGCUUCUCUCCCAGUCAGUCGUGUCGAGUCUGUCCCGCAGAGAUCUCUCUUCACUCCGCUCGUACGUCUUCGGCAAGACACGGACGCCCUUACGCACACUUGUUGCCUUUGCCAGCUCAUCGGUACCCUCCACAUCCGGAUCACUUAAGGGUCAGACUGACACGGAAGGUGGCCACACACCGACCAAUGUACCACUGGAGGACGUCAGGAGGGUUUUGCGACUUGCUCACCCGGAGAGAUGGAAACUAUCAGCUGCUGUUGGCUUCUUGACCAUCUCCAGCGCCGUCACCAUGUCGGCACCGUUUCUCCUGGGCAGAGUGAUCGACACGAUCUACACGGCUGGAACGGACGCGGAGGCAAUGACGUCCUCCCUCACGUCGCUGUGCCUCAUGUUGACUGGCGUGUUUUUGUGCGGUGGGGCAGCCAACGCCGCUAGAGUCUACCUCAUGCAGAUUUCCGGCCAACAGAUUGUGCGCAAUCUCCGCGCCUCCGUUUUCUCCUCCAUCCUCAGACAGGAAGUGGCGUUUUUCGACAGGAACAGGACAGGCGAGCUGAUCAAUCGCCUCUCCGCAGAUACGGCCGUGGUCGGCCGCUCGAUCACCGACAAUCUGUCUGACGGCCUGAGAGCCACAGCCCAGGCAGUUGCUGGAGUCAGUAUGAUGUUCUACGUCUCCCCCAGCCUGGCGAGCUUCAUGCUCCUGAUCGUUCCCCCUUUGGCCGGGGUGGCUGUGGUGUACGGCCGAUAUCUUCGCUCCAUCUCCAAACGCACGCAGGAUGCUCUGGCCCAAGCCACACAGUUGGCAGAGGAGCGAAUAAGCAACAUGCGGACUGUCCGAGCCUUUGGGAAAGAGCUAUCUGAAGUCAACACAUACACGCAGAAGACAGAUCAGGUCCUCACACUGGCCAGGAGGGAGGCCGUGCUACGUGCCGCCUUCUUUGGAGUGACUGGUCUGAGUGGUAACAUCAUGAUCCUGUCCGUGUUGUACAAAGGAGGCCUUCUGAUGGCGAGCCAGCACAUGACUGUUGGAGAACUCUCCUCAUUCCUCAUGUACACCUUCUGGGUUGGCAUCAGCAUUGCAGGUUUGAGUACUUUCUACUCAGAGCUUAUGAAGGGCUUCGGUGCAGGAGCAAGACUCUGGGAGUUGCUGGACAGAAAACCCGAGUUCCCUCUUAAUGAAGGCCAAGUACUUCCUCCAGAGCAACUGAAGGGCCGCUUGGAGUUCUGCGACGUCUCCUUUUCCUACCCGACCCGCAAAGAUGCUCCUAUCUUCCGUAACCUCAGUCUUCUGGUACCAGCUGGAACAGUCAUGGCUGUAGUGGGACCAAGCGGAUCUGGAAAAUCAACGCUGGUAUCGCUGCUCCUCAGGCUGUAUGACUGUGACUCAGGCUUCGUCACCGUGGACGGCCAUGACAUCAGGGACUUGAAUCCUUACUGGCUCAGAAGUCACAUUGGAACUGUCAGCCAGGAGCCAGUGCUGUUCUCCUGUUCUAUUCGAGACAACAUAGCAUACGGCGCGACAGAACCGGAUGCCGUCACCACAGAGGACAUCUACAGGGCAGCCCGAGUAGCCAACGCAUAUGAUUUCAUCCAGGCUUUUCCCAAAGGCUUUGAUACUGUGGUGGGGGAGAAAGGAGUGCUGCUGUCAGGUGGUCAGAAGCAGAGGAUAGCAAUUGCAAGAGCUCUUCUGAAGAAUCCCAAGAUCCUGCUUUUGGAUGAGGCCACCAGUGCACUGGAUGCCGAGAACGAGUUCCUGGUGCAGGAGGCUUUGGAGCGGCUCAUGGAAGGGAGAACGGUCGUCAUUAUCGCUCACCGCCUCUCCACCAUCCAGAACGCCAAUGCCGUCGCGGUUCUGGACCAGCAUCGUGUGGCUGAAUGCGGCCAGCACACAGAGCUGCUGGGAAACAGACAGGGACUGUUCCGAAAACUGAUGGAGAAACAAGCUUUUCUUCAGGAGGAACAGAAACGGGCCCUGAGUUAAUCCUCGUCAAAGGGAUGAUAAAAGAGAAAAAUGAGGGGCGAUGAAUGGCUUGGGUGAACUCUAACAACCCUUUCGCCAAGUGACGAUGCUGUCAAAAGAAUCUGAACGAGUACUGACUGUUUACUACCUUAACUUUAGCAGUAAAAUGUUAUUCCCCACUGGAGGAAUAAAAUUCUAAGACACACUAUUCGAAUUGGAGACACCCGUGGUUUUAAAACACUGUCAUUGUGGAUUCAUAAUUCAGUUAUAUUACACGUAAAUGGGUGUAUGAGCUGUGCAAAUAAUACACUUUUUUUUAAAUACCAGAGGCAUGCUGUAAUCUUACAGCACACUAAUUUCUAAACCAAAAAAAAAAAAAAAAAAGAAAAAAACUAAAUAGCAAGACACGUUAAGUACUGCUAGUCAUUUAUUUAUGUUCUCUGUGUCUGUUUUGGUGGACGAUUCAACUUGAAGCUCACACGCAGAGCCUUUUUAGAGUUUAUAGUGAAAUGAAGCAGCUAUAUAGUGUUGGAGUGAGGGGGGGAAAAAAGAAGCAAAAACACUUU